AAUACACUGAAAAGGGAAAGGAAAAAAAAUGACGAAGCACGUGCGGAAACAAUUCCGUUUUGAAAAGGAUUCCAAUUACGGACCAAACGCUGAAAAGCCGGAUAUGGCUAACAAUAUUUAUGAAUUAGAGCAAAAAAAACAUAUGGAAAUGUUACAGAAUUGGCAAAAUAGAAGAGAUUCCAUUGAAGAAGAAACCAUCGGUCAAGCGAAAAAUCCGAGAUGGUUGAAUUAUAAAUCUAAAUUAUUGACGGCCUCUAAUUUUGGACGAAUAUGCCGUCGUCGAAUUGGCACGCUCUGUGGAAAUUCAGUGAAAUCGUUAGUGUAUCCACGACUGAUUAGUGCAUCUGCAGUACAAUAUGGACAGGAAUGCGAAAAAUUCGCACGUGAAGAACUAAUUGUAAGUGUGUGCAUUGAUGUUGAAAUUAUGGAAUGUGGCUUAUUCAUUGAUAGUGCCAUUCCGUUCUUUGGAGCUUCGCCAGAUGGACUUAUAGACAAAGAGGGCAUUGUGGAAAUCAAAUGUCCGAAAACGGCGGAGAAUUUAUUGCCGAAGGAGGCAAUCAAAAGUGUUGCAGUUAUUCGGCGUAUAUUUGUAGAUGCAGAAGGAAAUGCAUUGAACAGGAACCACUAUUAUUACUACCAAGUACAAGGACAAUUACAUGUCACAGGUAGAAAAUAUUGCUUAUUUUGUAUUUGGACUCGAAAAGGGUUAAAGUACAUUAGAGUCGAUAGAGACGAUAACUUUUGGCAAAACAAUAUGGAGCCAAAAUUAAUUCAAUUUUACUUAUUGUGCAUGUUACCGGAAUUAAUAGAUAGCCGGUACAAUAGGGGAAUGCCAAUUCGGGAGCCUCAAUUUAUAACAGAGGAGAGAGCAAGCUUAGAAAAGCGCAAAAGGUCUCUCUCAGAAAGUAGCACGAAUACUGCUACUGUCCGGCGUCGCACUGCACUGUAAAGUGCAGUAACACUGACUCUGUUGGUGGUUCACAAUUGCAUGAAAUAGCAAUUGUACUCGCGGAUCAUACGAUCUCGCGAGUUGCUCGACGCCGAUAUACACACUGCAAUAAAGUGCAGUAACACUGACUCUGUUAGUGGUUUACAAUUGCAUGAAAUAACAAUUGUACUCGCGGAUCAUACGAUCUCGUGAGUUACGCGAUGCCAUACUAUAUUUCUUAAAAUUUGUUACAGAUUUUCGAAGAAAGGAUUCCUGAGAAGAAGUUUUUUGGAGCGAAGCGAGCGUAGAACUCAAAAUUUAUUUUUUCAGCUGAAACAAUUUUUUUCUUAUUCCCUUCUUGAAAUUAUUAAUGUCCUAUAGUUUUCAUUCCUAUAAUUAUAAAAAAUAUUUCAAAGUACCUUCGACUUCUUCGAGAUACGUUUAUAUAUCACUAAAAACUACAACAUAUCUAAAUUUGAGCAAAAUCUGAAAAAAAUCGUUAAAAGGAAUUUAUUUAAUCAUCUAUUUCCAUUAACAUUUUCUUUUUUCAAUAUUUAUCUUCAUUCAUCUUCCUUCAUGUUUGCAUGAACAUUUUUGUCGUUGAGAAAUUAAAGACAGCAUUUUCCUCUUCUCGAAAAAAAUUAAAAAAUUAUAUAUAGGUACAUUCAAGAAAGCGUUACCAGGACAAAUGGACUGCAAAUAUGCUGUCUGAUCACGUAUAAUCGGCAAGUAUAAUCUUACAUAAUUAAUAUUACGUUAUCUAUACAUAAAUUACUUUCUUCACAGAUGGACGAGGAAGAAGAAGAAGAAAAGAAAGAGGAAAUGAAAAAGAAAGAGGAUAGAAGAAACAGGAGAAAAAGGUCUAAGGAACGAAGUCGGAUAAAAGAGAAGAGAAAGGAGAAUCCGAGGCCGUCGACGUCGCACAUAAAAAAUAAUUCAAUACCACAUGACUGGGAUGGCUGUCAUGGUAAUCGACGAUGCAGACGCCGCGGAGAAAGAAGAGGCCGAAGCGGGCGGCGGGCGGCGGGCGACGGGCGACGGGCAACGGGCGACGGGCGACGGGCAACGGGCGACGGGCGACGGGCGGCCA